GGAUAAACUAGUCCAGGUUACACCAGGAUUUGGUUGUCCAAUAUAUCUGAAUGGAGAUCGGGCUUUCCCUGAUCUCAAUUCCGUCAAAGUUCAUUUCAUAAGUACUCAACAACUUUAUAAUGGUGAUAAAGUUUUAAAUGAGUUUCAUGCUGAUGAAACUUAUCAAGUUUUGCGACAAACUGAACAAGAACCUGGAUACAAAGAGGAGAAGCUCUACGAUUAUUCUCUGGGUGUGCAAUAUAGUAUAUCAGGUUAUGGAGUUUGCUAUACAUUCCCGAUCAAUUCAGAUGCACCUGGAAUGGACGAAAGUGGUUCAUUUUCAAUUGCGAGUCUACUUUGGUUAUCGAACUCAUUGAAAUAUCUUGGACAGAUAAUAUUUGAGCAUAGAUCUGGUUAUAAUGUUCACGUUUGGGAAUCCACUGAGAUCAAUCGAGUAAUGAGCGGCAAAACAUAUGAUAAAGUGGUGACAACACAAUAUUUGAGUUCAUCUUACCAAAAUGAUCUGUUUAAUGGCUACAGUCUUGUUGCAGCUUCAAUGAAAUUGUACAGAAAAAAUGAAAAGGGUUCAUAUUAUUUAUCAUAUUCAAAGCAUCGAGAUUAUUAUGAUUCUAAUAGUGAUUUACCUGAGUAUGAAUACCAUGAAGCACUUCAGGUUGAAGACUGCUUCAAGAAACCAGAAGAAAGAUUGAAUUUAAAGUUUUAUUUAACAUGCAAAGAUUCUGAUGGAUGCAUACAAAAGUCACAAGAUUCAGUUUAUGAAAUGAAAGAACUAUUUCGAUCAAGUUUACUUGGACAACUAGGAAUAUCAACUACUCGAGUUGCUGACAUCGACUUUAAGUUUCAGAAAGAAGUGAUUGAAGCUGAUGUUACUUUCCUGGAAGCUCCAAAAAUAUCUGAGGUUCUACCAUCUGAGACCAAAACAUUGGAGCCGCAAUUCAUAAAAAAAUUACACGAGACUGUUACUAGUAGUGAGGAAAAGUGUCUUCGAUAUCAUGCAUCAUUCGUUCCUCAUGGAGCUGCUAUAGUCUAUUGUGCGGAUGGAAAUGUUUGUUUCAGCACGACGAACGAAAAAGAUGUGAAGGAAUCUGAAGCAGGAGCUUUCUGUAGUGUGUACACCGAUCCAUACAAAAAGCUCAAUAGAUUAGGUCGAGAAAAGCCUUUAUCAGAUUUACAUGAUCAUAUACUUGGUUACUUGGGACACAUAACAUUCAAUAUGAAUCUUGAUGAAAAAGCCAAAGCAGUUGCUUUUCAAGUAACAGAUGUCGUUGCUCAAAGCGAAGAUGCUGAAGAGCGAAAACAACCAUUCGAUAUUUUGUAUCAUGACAGUCAAUUCGAUAAAUUAGAUGGUGUUAAUACUGUCAUGAUUCCUGGAGUCGACCGUUUUGGUGAUUGUUAUCGUGCAUGCUCUCAGAAUAAAGAUAUACCUUGUGAAACAUUCUCGUUUUGUAACCGAAAAGAUAAGAAGGAAUGUGUUGUAUCGAUUUGGUCAGAACCGCAGAUAAAAAAUAAUUUAGCAAGUGAUUCGGGUUGUGAAAUUUAUUCGAAGAAUCACGUGUCGGACUUUACUGUUCGACCUCAUUUGAAAUACAAGCAUCCAACUACAGUGUUUAAGGAAAGUUAUAUUCGUGACUGUGCUUCGGAAUGUUAUGCUUCAAAAGAUUGUGUUUCAUUUCAAUAUUGUAGAGGCAAAAAGUGUUCAUUUGGUGGAUAUGUAACAUCAGCAAAUACAGAAUUUUAUGAAGACUGUGAUAUUUAUAUCCUCAAAAGCUCUGAAAAAUAUUCUGUAACUGGAACGAAGCUUGUAAGUCAAGUCUUAUACACAGAAGUUGAUUUGGAUUUGGAUCAAUGUGCAGCUCUUUGUGAUGAUGAUCAAUCAUGUAAAUCAUUCAACUUCUGUCCUAAAGGGAAAGCAUCCAGUCGAUGUCAAAUAACUUCAUAUUCAAUUGGAGAUCCUAAGACACAAUCAGUUGAUUCAUCCAUCUGUCAUAACUUUGAAUUAAAUGUUAAAUCCAAAGCAGAGGAACUUUCCGAUAAUACUCUGAAAAGUAAAGUUUCUGGAUUCAGUGGUGGAGGAGUUGGUGGUAUUACCAUGUUGUUCCUAUUCAUUGGCCUUUUUUCUGGCUUCGUUGGUUCUUAUGUUUACACUAAAGUCAAAUCAGGAGAGAUGAAUAAAUUCAAAGAUAAUUUUGGAUGGUCGAAGCAAGAAGAUGAUGAUGAAAAUCAAACUCAAUUUUGAAAUAUGCAAUUCUUAUUAAAACUAGAUUUACUGCAAACAGUGAGGUCUGAGCUUUCGAUAUGCAAUUUCAAAUAUUUUUAAUUUCAUGUGUGUUGAUGCUGCCGAGAGACUUUCGUUUUAAAAAGAAUGCAGGCAAAAACUCGAGCAUUUGAGUUAAGUGUUUAGCCUUGUAGGUUUUUAGAAGCAUAAAAAUCUUGUUCAUUAGAAAUUUCAAAUAAUUUCUACGAUUAAUGGAAUCGAGGUCAACUUGUAACUUCGAUCGCUCUUUGUGCAAUUAUGGCAGUAGAUUU